GUUUUCGUUUGAUUGAUCACUUUCAUCUACUCAUUAGACUUCGUCUUUUGUAGCGAGGACUUGAGGACUGUCACAAGGAUCGUUUACCAACUCAAGGGUUAUACGAGAUUGGUGUUUGCUAGCUUUCACGGAAUACUUCCAAGCAAAUUGUCUACCUGGGUGUAAAUCUAGUCCAUGGACACGGUUGAUUGUGGUUAUUGUAGAAAUGCGGUAUAACAGUUGUCUACGUUGCGACCUCGAUUCCGCGAUUCCUGGCAGAAGAUAAGCCCUGCAACAACUACGCAUAGAGUGAUAGACCCGGUUGCCGUUAGACGUCAUGGCAACAGAAAAGAACCCCAUCUCUGUGGAUGGUGGCCACUCCAGUUCGUCCGCGUCGUUUAAUCGUGCAUCAACUUCCAAUGACAGCUUGCAGUCAGCUCAUGAAAACAAAUACAGACACGACAGCGAGGAUGACAGAGUCAGUCAAUGCACUGAGCGAGGCCGUCACGAUCAUGGACAAAGGGAUAUCACACGGGAAGGAGAAAACUUGGACCUGGAGAAAAACUUCCCAUCCCUGGACCAAACGCCUACAAACUACAGCAGAAAUAACAACCUCAACGUGCUGGACACAGUCCGCAGCCACGUCUCACAGCAGGAUAUGCAUGUCUCUGACAAUGCGUACCGUGAGCGAAACGCAGAGCAGUACCUCCGAUUCUCGCCUGCCCGAAAAAUAGUCAUUGUGGCUAUUCUGUCUGCCUGUUCUUUCUUGUCACCGAUUUCCUCAACAACAAUCCUCCCCGCAAUGCCAGAAGUAGCGGAGACAUUCAAUACCACCGGCAGCGUGAUCAAUGCGAGUAAUGCGGUGUACAUUGUCGCAAUGGGUCUGUCAGCGACUUUUUGGGGGACAUUCAGUCAGAUUUAUGGAAGGAGGCCUAUGUCCUUUUGGAGCUCGUUCCUAUUCUUCGUUUUCAGUUUCGCAACAGCACUGUCACCGAAUUUGGCAGCAUACUUUAUUUUCCGUGCUUUAACCGCAUUUCAAGGAACAUCCUUCCUUGUUGUGGGUAGUGCCUCUAUUAGUGACAUCUAUACUCCAACAGAAAGAGCUACUGCUCUCGCAUGGUUCCUGUCCGGAACUCUGAUCGGCCCAGCUAUCGGACCCUUCUUAGGUGGUGUGAUUGUAACUUUCUGUUCAUGGCGGGUGAUAUUCUGGCUUCAAACCGCCCUCGGAGGCACUGCAUUCCUCUUAGUAGCGCUAUUCAUCCCAGAAACGAUCCCACACAAAACAAUUUCUGACCUUACCGGUCUCUCACCAAUGGAAAAGACUAGCGCAAUCUGGCACCGCAUGAACCCGCUUCGAGUCAUCAUACUGCUAUUCAAGUAUCCCAAUCUCUUCUUUGCCGCGCUGGCUUCUGGAUCGCUUGUCUGGAACCAGUACUCUCUCCUUACGCCGAUCAGAUACGUUCUUAAUCCACGCUUCAAUCUUACCACACCCAUCGAGUCUGGAUUGUUUUACCUUGCGCCGGGUUGCGGGUAUGUCGUUGGGACUUUCUUUGGCGGGCGUUAUGCAGAUUAUAUUGUCCGCAAAUGGAUCCGCAAACGUGACGGCGUCCGCGUGCCAGAAGACCGCCUCAAAUCCUGUCUGUUUUUCCUGGGGGUGUCUAUCCCAGGCUGGGUACUUAUCUACGGCUGGACCGUAGACCAGAAAGUAGGCGGUAUCCCCGUACCUGUCAUUGCAUUAUUCCUUCAAGGCGUGUCGCAGACAUUUGUGUUCCCCAGCCUGAAUACCUACUGUCUCGAUGUCAUGCAGUCCAAGGGUCGAAGUGCCGAGGUCGUUGCCGGCAACUAUAUGUUUCGGUAUGCUCUUGGUGCGCUGGGAACCGGUGUCGUAUUGCCGGGCAUUGGAGCUAUGGGGGUGGGCUGGUUCAACACCAUAUCUGCUCUGUUUGUAGGAGCUUCUGGGUUCUUUAUGUGGCUCACGACGAUAAAGGGAGCUGCUUGGAGACAGAGGGUGGAUGAGAAGCUGGCUCAGGCAGCUGCAGCUUGAUCUUUAGGCCUCGUUUGAAGAUAUUUCGGUUUGUUCGAUGACGGGCCUGAGAGAAAUGUAUUUUCUGGUUGAUAGG